AUGCAACAAUGGGCAGCCCUUCGCCCACGCCUGCUCAACUUCGCCACACGAUACCGCCAGCAUAGCAGCCAUCGCCUCUCCUCCACCAAGCAAGCAGCACCUCCACCCCAAUCCCGCAUCGAGCGCAUCGAGUCCCGCCUCCCACGCUUCCUCCGCCGCAUAGUCACACCCCUCCGCAACGCCCCCCUCUCCCACGUCACCGCCUUCCUCAUCCUCCAUGAAAUCACCGCCGUCGUCCCCUUACUCGGCCUGACGGCCGCAUUCCACUACGGCAACUACCUCCCGCCCUUCAUCAGCGAGUGGAAAUGGGCGAAAGAGGGCGCAGAGAAGUACGGCAACUACAUGCGGCGCAAGGGCUGGAUUCAAGAGGAUUCGCGCACUGGCAGGUGGUGGGGUCGCGGCGAGGGCGGCAUUCAGAUUGUCGUGGAGAUUGCUACCGCUUAUGCCAUCACCAAGGCUUUGUUGCCUUUUCGCCUGAUUGUGAGCGUGUGGGGUACGCCCUGGUUUGCCCGCUGGACGGUGCUGCCCUUGACUUCGAGGCUGUGGCGGCGGUUUGGGAAAGGGAAGGGUGUGGCAGUUGUAACGUCUUCGCCUGCGGCGGGUACGAAUGCCGUGGGUGGGCGAGUGCUGCCGAGUAGUAUCAAGUGA